AUGGUGACUAAGAUCUCUAUUAUCAAGCAAAGUGUUUUAAGUGCCCAAAGGGGAAUGAAGGUAACCCGCAGUGUGAUCCGAUGUUCUAACAUAGGAAAGCAUCUUGAUUAUGUUAUAAUCGUUGAAGAGGACAACAAUGAUGAUAUGGUGGUUAUACAAGAUUCUAACACUGAUGGUAACGAAGGAGCAUCAUGGAGGAAAUAUCGAGUAAAUUUAGAAGGAAAUCGCCACAACAUAGAGCAAGUAGAGCUUGGCCCAUUGUACAAAAAGAGACGAUCAUCUACUCCGAAGAGAGAUUAUUCAGAAAAUGGUCGCCCGUCUUUACCAAUGCAAAAGCAGAGACACCGUGGCCAGACUAACCUUGCAGGAACAUCUCUUCAGUCAGCAGCAUGCUAUGCACCACAGCAGCCAGUUCGCAAAGAGCAGGAGCCAGUCCUCAGGAUGGAGGAGGCAGUUCUCAGGGAGCAGCCACUGGUCCGCGAGAAGCAGGAACAAGUCCUCUUGUUGGAGCAGCCAGUGCUCUUGGUGCAGAAUGUGAUCCUCAGGGAGCAGGAGCAGCCAGUCUUCAUAGGAAAGGAGGCAGUUCUCGUAAUGGGAGAGGUGGUUUUAAAGGAACAGGAACCAUUCCUACCGGUGGAGGAGCCGGUCCUCACAGUGGAAAAGCAGGAGGAAGAAAACAGGGAAAGUCUUUCUCUUCCCAAAAUAGUAUCUGCAUGUUCGUUAAAGCCAAGUUUUACACCAGGGAACCAAUUUCCCAGUCUUGCUGCAAUGUCCUACUUUUUCAAUAAAGAAGCUGAAAACAACACCAGCAUUGUCUCAUCUCCCCAACAUACAGUAGAAGUACCUACUGCCAUUCUCCCACAAAGACAGAACAGUGUGGCGAAUAAUCGUGAGAUGAUGACUUAUUCAGCUUUACUGGAAAAUAGCACUGGGAGCACAGAUAAUACCUCUCUGCCUCCCAAUUUUGAAAUGCUGGAAAACGCAGGAACCAGCCAGGAAAACAGCCCUGUGGAAGUGAAUUAUCCAACCUUUCUGGGGAAUAAGAAUGACCCCUCUUUACCUUUCUACAUCCUACCCAAGGAUGAUAUACUGGAAGAAGCAGAAACUAGCCUGGAAAACAGCUCUGAGACAACAAAUUACUCAGUUUUAUUGGGAAAUGAGAAUGACCAGUAUACUUCCUUUUCAUCUGUCCACACCUCAUCCAGUGAUGCAUCUUCACCUGCAGAAGUAACAGCAGAAACCCGUAAGGAAAGUGACUCUGACAUGAUGAAUGACUCGGCUGUAUUGGAAAAUAACAGUGACCAAGAUUCUUCCUCCUCAGCUGUCUCCGUGCCUCCACAAUAUAGAUAUCUUGGUGAUCCAAAAAGAAAGAUCAAGAUAUUUGAUACUCAUUUGUUGGCAGCACAAAAGAAGGGCAGAUCUAGCCGUGCAGCCUGCUAUGUGGUUUGUAAUUUGUUUCCCAAGGAAACCUUAAUUUGCAGCUCAGUGGGUGUCAAUUCCCAAAACUGUCAAUCCCUAAACCCAGACAAACUGACUGUGAUACAAGAAUAUCUGGCAAUAUGUCUUCCCAACGGUGACGUGUGUGGAUGUGGAACAGAAUGGAAACACUGUGUUUCAGAUAUCAGAUCUGUGAUUCACCAUUUAUGUUGUGAAAACAAGAAACAUGCUGACAGAAAUGAAGGCCCAGUCAAUGCUGAUCCGUCAGUGUCUUCAGAACCCAGUGGCCAGAGGGAUGGUGGUGAGAGUAGUUCUCAGAAAAAUAAUGCUAUCCCUGAAGCAAUGGAAGAAGCUGCAGCUAACAAUUCACACAUAGAUUUUGACACCCUGGAAUAUUUUGGAAAUCCAAGUAGAAAUAUACUGAUGUCAAGUUCAAUACUUAAUACAGCAAGAGCAAAGUCUUGCCCAAAGCUGUGCUCUAGAUACCUCAUUCGCAAACUUUUCCCAAAUGAAGUCCUGGUGAGGAGUAACGUUCGUGGCCAUGCUGGGUAUGGCAUGGCUGCCCUCAACUCCAACAAGAUAAAUGCUCUCCGAGAGUUUCUCCAAGACACCUACCCAGCCUUGGAUCUGUCAGAAGCUGGAAACGUCUGGAAGCUGUGUGUCACAGCUGUCAACAGCUGUCUCCGUAGUCUUAGAUACGACCUUAAGAGAGCCGUAGAGAGAACACACCUGCUUCCACCAACAACCUUUUCUGCUGAGCCAGAGCCAAGAGAUACCGACACAACUAACUAA